GGGCGCUGUAGGCGCCGCCGGGCCGGGGCUGCGGUCCGCGCUCUGCGGGAGGCUGUGGCGCCGGCCGCGCGGCACCGACGCGGGGAGCGCGCGUCGCGCUGACUCAGCGGCGGCGUUGGCCGGCCCUCGCGCGCCUUCCCUUCCUGGGGCUCCGACCCCGCCCGCGGCUCCGGCUCGCCCGGCCGAGCGGCUCCGCGCCGGAGAAGGCGCCCGGGGACGCGGAGCGGCGGGAGCGUGCGGCGGCCGAGCCUCGGGCUGCAGGCGGGGACGCGGGAUGCAGUGACGGGGAAGCUUUUCGCGGCGGUGGCUGGCGCUCUCCUAGAUGUUUGUGGAUUCUUCUGUGGGAUCAGAGGCCAGAAAACUCCAAGUAUAGCAGCAGGGAUGGAUGAACAGGCUCUCUUAGGGCUAAAUCCAAAUGCUGAUUCAGACUUCAGACAAAGGGCCGCGGCCUACUUUGAGCAGUUAAAGAUUUCUCCAGAUGCCUGGCAAGUGUGUGCGGAAGCUCUGGCCCAGCGGACCUACAGUGAUGAUCACGUAAAGUUUUUCUGCUUUCAAGUAUUAGAAUAUCAAAUUAAGUACAAAUACUCAGAACUAACUACUGUGCAACAACAACUGAUUAGGGAGACGCUCAUAUCUUGGCUUCAAGCUCAGAUGUUGAGUCCUCAGCCAGAGAAGACAUUUAUACGCAAUAAAGCAGCCCAAGUCUUUGCCUUGCUCUUUGUAACAGAAUAUCUGACAAAAUGGCCCAAGUUUUUUUUUGACAUUCUCUCAGUUGUGGACCUAAAUCCAAGAGGAGUGGAUCUAUAUCUUCGAAUCCUCAUGGCUAUUGAUUCCGAGUUAGUUGAUCGUGAUGUGGUACAUACAUCAGAGGCAACUCGUAGGAAUACCCUAAUAAAAGAUACCAUGAGGGAACAGUGCAUUCCAAACUUGGUGGAAUCAUGGUACCAAAUCCUACAAAAUUAUCAGUAUACUAAUUCAGAAGUCACAUGUCAGUGCCUUGAAGUAGUUGGGGCUUAUGUCUCUUGGAUAGACUUAUCCCUUAUAGCCAAUGAUAGGUUUAUAAACAUGCUGCUAGGUCACAUGUCAGUAGAAGUUCUACGGGAAGAGGCAUGUGACUGUUUAUUUGAAGUUGUGAAUAAAGGGAUGGAGCCUGUCGAGAAAAUGAAACUGGUAGAGUCUUUGUGUCAAGUUUUACAGUCUGCUGGGUUUUUCAGCAUUGACCAGGAGGAAGAUGUCGACUUCCUGGCCAGACUGUCUAGGCUGGUGAACGGGAUGGGGCAGUCGCUGGCGGUCAGCUGGGCUAAGUCCAUCAAGAAUGGGGAUGUCAAGAAUGCACAGGACGCGCUGCAGGCUAUCGAAACCAAAGUGGCGCUGAUGUUGCAGCUGCUGAUCCAUGAGGAUGAUGAUAUCUCUUCCAACAUCAUUGGGUUUUGUUAUGAUUAUCUUCAUAUUUUGAAACAGCUUUCAGUGCUCUCAGAUCAGCAAAAAGCUAAUGUAGAGGCAAUCAUGUUGGCCGUUAUGAAAAAAUUGACUUAUGAUGAAGAAUAUAACUUUGAAAAUGAAGGUGAAGAUGAAGCCAUGUUUGUAGAAUAUAGAAAGCAAUUGAAGUUACUGUUGGACAGGCUUGCUCAAGUUUCACCAGAGUUACUACUGGCUUCUGUUCGCAGAGUCUUUAGUUCCACACUGCAGAACUGGCAGACGGCGCGGUUUAUGGCAGUUGAAGUAGCGAUACGGCUGCUCUACAUGUUGGCGGAAGCUCUCCCGGUGUCUCACGGGGCUCACUUCUCAGGCGACGUUUCAAAGGCCAGUGCUUUGCAGGACAUGAUGCGAACUUUGGUUACAUCCGGAGUUAGUUCCUAUCAGCAUACAUCUGUGACAUUGGAGUUUUUUGAAACUGUUGUUAGAUAUGAAAAGUUUUUCACAGUUGAACCUCAACACAUUCCAUGUGUGCUAAUGGCUUUCUUAGAUCACAGAGGCCUGCGGCAUGCCAGUGCUAAAGUGCGGAGCAGAACUGCUUACCUGUUUUCUAGAUUUGUCAAAUCUCUCAAUAAACAAAUGAAUCCUUUCAUUGAGGACAUUUUGAAUAGAAUACAAGACCUAUUAGAGCUGUCUCCACCUGAGAAUGGUUACCAGUCUUUGUUGAGCAGUGAUGACCAACUGUUUAUUUAUGAGACAGCUGGAGUGCUGAUUGUUAAUAGUGAAUACCCUGCAGAGCGGAAGCAAGCAUUAAUGAGAAAUCUGCUGGCUCCCUUAAUGGAGAAGUUUAAAAUUCUGUUAGAAAAGUUAAUGCUGGCUCAAGAUGAAGAAAGGCAGGCGUCACUAGCAGACUGUCUCAACCAUGCUGUUGGAUUUGCCAGUCGGACCAGCAAGGCUUUCAGCAACAAGCAGACUGUGAAGCAGUGUGGCUGCUCAGAAGUUUAUCUGGACUGUUUACAGACAUUCCUGCCAGCCCUCAGUUGUCCCUUGCAAAAGGAUAUUCUCAGAAGUGGAGUUCGCACUUUCCUUCAUCGCAUGAUUAUUUGCCUGGAGGAAGAAGUUCUUCCGUUCAUUCCAUCUGCCUCGGAACAUAUGCUCAAAGAUUGUGAAGCAAAAGACCUCCAGGAGUUCAUUCCUCUUAUCAACCAGAUCACCGCCAAAUUUAAGGUACAGGUAUCCCCAUUUUUGCAACAAAUGUUCAUGCCUCUGCUGCAUGCAAUUUUUGAAGUACUGCUGCGGCCAGCAGAAGAAAACGAUCAGUCUGCCGCUUUAGAGAAGCAGAUGCUGCGGAGGAGUUACUUUGCUUUUCUUCAGACGGUCACAGGCAGCGGAAUGAGCGAAGUCAUAGCGAAUCAAGGUGCAGAGAAUGUAGAACGAGUGCUAGUUACGGUCAUCCAAGGAGCGGUCGAAUACCCAGAUCCAAUUGCACAGAAAACAUGUUUUAUCAUCCUUUCAAAGUUGGUAGAACUCUGGGGUGGUAAAGACGGGCCUGUGGGCUUCGCGGGUUUUGUUUACAAGCACAUUGUGCCCGCGUGUUUCCUAGCACCUCUGAAGCAGACGUUUGACCUGGCAGACGCACAGACAGUAUUGGCCUUAUCUGAGUGUGCAGUGACACUGAAAACAAUUCAUCUCAAACGGGGCCCAGAAUGCAUUCAGUAUCUUCAACAAGAAUACCUGCCUUCUUUGCAGGUAGCACCAGAGAUAAUUCAGGAGUUUUGUCAAGCGCUUCAGCAGCCUGAUGCUAAAGUUUUUAAAAACUACUUAAAGGUAUUCUUCCAGAGAGCAAAGCCCUAAGAACUGGAUCCCCGGUGCCUAAUUCAUGAUGAGGAAUUCCAUUUAAUAAUUUAUAAGGAAGCAAUUUUUGUGUGCCAUUCACACUGGUCUUUUUAACAUUGCUUUGAGCUUAUUGCAGUAUAUGUAUUGGGAGUUUUCUGUAAAAUGGGUGUGAUUUUUUUCCCAGAAUACAGGUAUGUGACAACAAGAAAAGUUGUUUGCAUGCCAGUUCAAACUGUUCUAUGUAAAAAUGCUGCUGAAAGGUAACAGCAGAAUUAUCCUAGUACCUUUUUUUGUUCUUACUUGAAACUUUAAGCCCUUUAUAAAGACCAUAGCAGGAAAACAGUGUACUUUUUAAAAAUUGCUGAAUAUAAAAUGUUUGAAGAUUUUAAUUUUGUUGGAUGUAUGUAAACCCAUAAAGUGCAGGGGAAAUACCACAAUCAAAACUUCUUUUUCUUUUUUUUUUUGUAGAUAGCGACUACAUUCUUUACACUGUUUUAAUGCCAUUGUGUAUUCUACAAAAGAGGUGAUUUCAUAAAUUAACUGAUUUCAGAGUAGGCCCUGGUGUUAUACAUUUUUUAUAAAAAAUAAAUAAAUAAAUAAAUUUUACGUAGUGAAAUCUA